AUGAGGUUCUCUCAAGCCAUGUCAAAGGCAGCAUCUACAGUAGGACAGACCGCUGCCAGAUACAUUUAUCCCGCAGAAACCUCCCGUCAUAUCGCAACCAUCUUGGGAUUCCCGUCCAAACACUCGAUCGCUUCAGCCUACUAUGACAGUGCUUGUACCGACAUCGCCAAUCUCGCCUCCGCAAUCUCAGCCUUCGAGCCAGUCCGGUUGUAUUCGCGACCUGAAGAUCUCCCAAAAGCCCAGUCGAUGGCCAGCCAGGCCAUUUCAAAAUAUACCGGCAACACCUCGAAUAUCUCCUUCAUCCCCUUUCCCACGAAUCAUCUCUGGGUUCGGGAUACGGGGCCCGUAUAUGUCCUCGGCACUGAAGCAGAUGCCCGCUCGAGCCGGUUCGCGAUCAACUUUCGGUUCCGCGAGUGGGGGAAGAAAGACGAGAUUGAGAGCCACGAGCGCGCCGCCGAUGGGCUUGACUGGCCGAUCAUGAAUGCUGAGCAACUACACGAGAACGCGACUUUCGCCCGGAGAGUCAUAGAGUCUGAUGUCUCUCCUGCUCCAGUGACACUCGUCGAAUCCAGAGUCUGCCUGGAAGGCGGCGCAUUAGUCGUGGACGGGGACGGUACCCUCCUGGCUACAGAAAGCAGCAUCAUCAACGACAACCGCAACCGGGGCCUUUCGCGAAGCGAGAUCGAAACAGAGCUACGCCGCUUGCUGGGUGUUGAGAAAAUCAUCUGGUUCCCAGGCAGGAAAGGUCUCGAUAUCACCGAUGUCCAUGCUGACGCUGAGGUCAACUUUAUCCGGCCUGGUGUUGUUGUUCUUUCGAGGCCGCAUGCGAGUGUGCCUCGGCCGUGGCUUGAAGUUUACGAGGAAAUCCGAGACAUUCUUUCUCAGUCAGUGGACGCAAAGGGUCGUCCUUUCGAGAUCCAUAUGGUGGACGAGCCGGACCCUGAUGUUCUUGGGCAUCUGUCCUACGAAGAACCGGCGACCAACUAUGUGAACUUCUACUUUGUCAAUGGCGGCUUGAUCCUCCCUCAGUUUGGUGAUGAAGUGAGAGAUCGGGAGGCUGUGGAAACAUUUCGAAAGCUAUGUCCUGGCCGAGUGAUCCGGCCUGUGUAUGUGCAUGCACUUCCAUUAGCUGGUGGUGUGAUUCACUGUGCGACUCAGCCUGUGAUCGCUGUGGAAGAGGACUAA